AUGUCCAAGAUCGCUAGGAAGAGCUGGAAAGGUUCAGAGGCAACCAAGGAUUCCCCCAGUCCGGCACCCACUGUUCAUGAUAUUGAACAUAUGUCAUCGUCAUCCCGCGAUACUCCUAUUCAAGAUACUAUCGGUGCCCCCUCAGUUUCUGAUGCUUCUCUCGGCGAUCUUUCUGUUAGCUCUAAACGAACUCGCGAUGAUUUCGAAAAGGCACUAUCCAAUCCCAGCAUUUACGAACGUCCCGCUAAAUUUCUUAGGAUUUCCAACUCAGAUUCCCUUCGCAAUAGGCUUCCCGAAAUAGUUGGUGCUAGAGAAAGGGAAGAGGGGGGUUUGGCUCUCUCCCACCUUAGUCUCAAGGAGAGAAUCUUAGAACAGUCCAAGCAAGAGAACAGUAAAGAGAAUCCUUCAAUACUUGAUAAGGACAUUUUUACUGAUAUCCUAAUUCAAGCUAUUGCCAUCCUUCCUCCUGCAAAACCUUCAAUUACCCUUCUUGUGGACGUUGUAGCUUGGUCCAUCGAGCAGGAACGUGAAAGGCUAAAAAGACUACCUGAAAGCAAGCGACUGCGAAGUCGGACCGUGUUAAUCGUUGCUGACGACAUGUCUUCCAUGGACAAAUACGCUUCUACUCUCGAAAAUGCAAUAUCGGACAUAACUGUUGGAAGAUACUCGGAAGAAUCUCAUUCCCCUGAGUUACAAACAUGGACAGAAUUACUGAGGAAGGAUGUUGUCAUGACCUCUUCACAUCUUUUACUUCACUCGCUUCUUCGAGGUGCUCUUGCGGUCACCCAACUUAAUGUCCUAAUCAUUAGCGAGGCUCAAAAUAUUAGGAAUCAAGAUUCACACCCAUCUAUGCCUAUUGUUCAGGUUAUGAACGAUUUCUACCGCAUUACCGACUCCUGGUCGCGUCCUCGCGUCUUCGCCAUUGUGUCCGCUCCCGACCGUCAUACACAAUUUGAUUCUAAGAUGUUGAAGCUCGAGCAAGCCUUGGAUUCAAAGGUUUUUGGGGUCAGCGAAGAUAAACGACUAGAAAUUCUUGCACUUCCUGAUCGUCCAAGCGAGCUUGUGAUAUUGUAUGAUGGUUCUCGGAAAUCCACUGAGACACGUUUACUUAAACAGUUACAUCAACUUGAUCCUAACGAAUCUAUAUUUCGUCGACACUACCGCAACUCGCGGUUCGCCCACGAGGACAUCGGCCCUUGUGCAUCUGACUUAGUCUGGAGACGAAGCCUCAAAGAACUCGAGGCCGAACUUAUACUCAAUUAUGAUGAUGUUGAUGUUGACGACAAUGAAUACUCUCUUGAAGACAGGUUGAAAAUCCAAGUAUAUCGUAUCGUGAAGAAUUGGGCUUACACCAUGCCAAACAUGGAUGUAUCUUCUCGAGGGUUUAACGUCUCACACAAAUUCUUGAGGCUAGUUCAACUUCUGAAUAAAUUCAAAUCGUACGGUGAAGGUUUUCGUGGAAUAAUUUUCGGCAAGUAUCUGUUUCUUGUAUCAGUUAACCAUUUAUUUAUUAGUACAACAGUGCAAAGGCGCGCAAUUGCCCUAGUUCUUUCCGACUUAUUACGUACUUUGGGAGAUCGGUUUCUUCGGCCUCAGUCUAUCAUUGGUUCUAAUAAUGACUUGACAGAAGCCUACCACGUUGAGUACAAAUUUCUUUCUGUCCCUCUUGUGGUGUUAACCAUGAUGCAGCAAGAUAUAUUCCACGAUUUUGCAACUGGAGUAUGCAAUCUCUUAAUAGCCACGAAGUCCAUUGAAGAUCUAGAUGUUCCAAAGGCUUCGGUAGUUAUUCGCUACGACCUUUUUGAAAGUCAAGUGUCUCAUGCAUACGUUCGAGCUCGCACAAGAGGACGCGAAAGCCAUCUCGUGCAUAUGGUGGAACGCGGUAACGAUGUCCAUCGUCGUAUUCUGCAUCGUAUCACGAAUAUCGACGCCGAUAUGUUAAAAUGGACAGAAAUUCUAUGCAACUCUGCGGAAAGCUCCAUUCCGCCUGAAAGCUUACAAGAAACCAUCAAUUCUUAUCAUUCUGACAGUGAUGACGAGGACGCCGGUCCACACUCGCAGUUUAUUGAAGACCCUACCACCGGUGGCCGUAUUUAUGUUCAGGACGCGACCACCGCUAUAUAUCGAUACGCAUCCGGUGUCAGACGAAUAAUUCCAAACACGCCAUUGAAUCACGCACUUUUUACGUUCAAGGACAUUCAGAAAGAAUUUGGGAUACCCCGGGCCUAUGUAUGCGCCAUUAAUCUCCCUUCGACUCCAAUUGAUAAAACCUUUGGAGAUACAUCGGUCUCUAAAGCUGAUGCACGGCGAUCGGCAUGCUUCAAAGCUUGCAAACUGCUUUAUGCGUCUGGUUUAUUGGACUGCCGAUUAGUUCCUUUGCCCAAUCGACUACGUGCUCAGUACGAUUUUGAAAGCCGACGGGUUAUAGGAAAAGACUCCCUUCCUGAGGUUAAACCCAUUUCAGGGACAAGACCAUAUCGACGGAAGCAGCCUGUAUUUUGGGAAAAUUGCUCUGACGCGCUGUCCGACACCUUAUACCCAACUAUCGUUUCUGUUAAUGGGUCUGACAAUGACUCAGAAGUAUAUGCACCUAUCGUUAUUCUGACAAAAAAACCGCUUCCUGUCAUGCCAUCUUUUAGGCUGUUCUGUUCAGGGUCAAUUGUCGAUGUUCAUUUUCAAAAGGCAUUGCCUUUAAUGUUUGAUGAAGAACGUCUAAACAAUACGCACUUGUUCACCGUACGAAUUUGCCGUGCCAUUAUGAACAAGGCUUUAGUUUGUCCUUUGGAGGACAUGCCAUAUUUCUUCCUUCCACUCCCUUUGGGUUGGCGACCAAUUGUCAAUAAUCCACUCGAGAUCCCUGAUAUUGCCAACGCUAUACCAUGGGAACUUGUCGCAGAGGCAGCUCAUCAUUGGGCUGUCCCAAUCAAGAGAGCAAGUCCCGAAGAACUUGAAGCAGAUUUAUAUGAUGCAGUCGUUCAGGAUCGGUGGAUCGAAUUCACCCGACGGUAUAAGGUGGUCCAGGUGCGGAAAGACCUAACGCCUCUCAGCAAACCAAGUGACAGUAGGAGGGAAAUGAGUUAUGAAAGUCUCUUUCACUUUUGCAAAUCCAAGCGCAAAGGGCUUGAAACACUGUCUGAUUUUAACCAAGCAAUCAUCGAGGUGUCCAAAGUCCCCGCUAUCUUAAACAACUUGAAUCCGAUUUCAAAAGCUCCAGUUAGUACAGCCAAAUCCCCAGCAAAAUACCUUAUUCCAGAGCUAUGCGCGAAAUUUACUUUACCGGCUAGCACAUUAUGGACUUCGAUGCUGUUGCCAUCAAUUAUGAGGAGAAUAAAUGAUAUUCUUCUUGUGAAAGAGUUGGAUGCCAAGUAUUUCGAUCAUGCUAUUCGGGAGGAUUUAUUGCAUAACGCAAUCUGCGCACCAUCCGCGGGUUUGGAAUAUGAUUAUGAGCGCCUUGAAUUACUUGGAGAUGCAUUCUUGAAGUAUCUGUCCACCGUCUAUGUUUUCGUUGCCAAUCCUUCACUCAAUGAAGGUGCAUUGCAUGUUGCACGCCAAAAGAUCAUCAGCAAUAAAUCGUUGCUCGUACAUUCGACCCGGGUUGGCUUACCAGAAUACAUUCUUUCAAAAGUAUUUGCUUAUAAGACCUGGCAUCCUCCACACUUUCGUGUUUUUACUCCCCCCAAGGCACCGAAGGUAACAGUAGGAUCAGACACUAAUGUGUCGCAGGCUGAUAACCAAGUUGGGCCGGAAGAUAUAACUGAGGACGCAGGCAUGGACGAAGGGGCAGCUGACAUAGCCGUGGGCGACGAAAUGGCUGGAGUCGAUGAUAUGGCCGAUUUCGUCGAAGAUGUCGAAGACGCAGUUCCAUCCAUCGAGAAAGACCGGGUUGAGAAUGGUGACGAUAGCGUAGACGAGGAUAAGCCAUCCUCACCACCUUUGCCUAAUAACGCACCAUUGGAUGAAAUGAUUACAGAACCAGUUGUGCAGAAUGGAAGUCGUACCGCCACACCCCCUACAAAUGUCCAACCUCUAGCCGAACCUCGGGCAACAAAGAAAAAAGGGAAAUCCAAAAAGAAAAAGGCGGGAAAUGACGAUUCAUGCAUUCAAUAUCUAGGUGACAAGGCUAUCGCAGAUGUGGCAGAAGCAAUCAUUGGCGCUGCAUAUAUAUCAGGAGGACGUGAAGUGGCAUUGCAAGCGACGAAAGCACUGACAAUACCUCUCUCUAACAUUGACCGGUGGUCUGAUUUUGGACGCAAGGUGUUGACACCGCCUCCAAAUGUCAUCGCAAAGCUUCCACCAAGUUCUAUUGCAGCUAUUGAACAAAUUAUUGGGCACAAAUUUAAUCGUCCGCAUCUUCUGGCCCAGGCAAUGACACACUCGUCCAUCCAGGGGUAUGAAUCUACAUCCUACGAGCGCCUUGAAUUUAUUGGAGAUGCCAUCCUUGAUUUUAUGGUCAUACGACAUAUCUUUGAUCGUGACCAGCAACUUGCGCCUGGAGCUCUAACUAUGUUGAAGGGUGCAAUGGUGUCCAAUUCUGCAUUGGCGGCUGUAUGCGUGUGGUCCGGCCUCCAAAAUCAUCUUCUGUUCGAGUCGCCAAUAUUAGCAACUAGCAUUCAGACAUACAUCAACGAAUUGAAAGACAGACAAGAGAAGGAGUAUGCACUCGCAGAACAAGAAGGACGGAACCCUGGACAGUACUGGCUUGACAUAGAACCCCCAAAAGCGUUGUCUGAUGUAGUGGAAUCAAUUGUGGGCGCAAUCUACAUCUCAGAUAACUUUUCUCCUGUGGGAGCGGAAACACUUUUUGAUAAUGUGUUGAAACCCUUUUACGACAAGCAUAUUACGCUGCACACACUCUCACACCACCCUACGAAGAUUCUGUUUGAAUUAUGCCAAGCUCAAGGCUGCCAGCAGUUUGAGAUCACUAGAGAGAAGGUUGGAAAUAUGUUUUGCUGUGAAGUUGUGGUGCACGACGUUGUGUUAUCAAGUGCCGAAGACAUAACACCAUUCUCUGCUGGCAGACAAGCGUCGCUCCUAGCUUUGGAUGCAUUAGAAGGCGAUGCAGAUUUUAUGACUCGGGUAUGCGAUUGUCGGGUUCAUACACACAAAAAAACCGGCAAAAAGAAAGACGCGUUUGAAGAGGCACUGGCGCGUGCAUUGGCUGCGCAGGAGGAGGAAGAUGAGAUUACGGGCGACGCCGAGGAGCAGGAAGAUAGACCACUCGAAGAAUGCUAA